AUCCUGUUGGCCGAGAGCUGCGAUUUGGUGCACGCCUACCAGCGCUUCUCAGCUCGCCUGGAGGACUGUCUGGCCUGGCUGUCAGAGGCGCGCGGCCUGCUGGCCGCCGGCCCGGCCCUGCGGCCCGCCUCGGGCCAAGCGGCGCCCUUGCCCGACUGCCCGCCGGCCGACGCAGCGCCGUGUCGGCUGGGCCAAUCAGCGCGGCCGGCGCAGGAGCGUCGCGGCCUGUUGGCGCGCAAGGCUCUGCUCGACCAGCUGGCGGGCGGCGGCGAGAUGGGCGCCGAGGGCGAGCGUCGGCUGCAGGCGGCGCGCACGGCCGCCGACGCGGUGGCCAGAGUGCGCUGUCGUGCGGCCACGAUGACCGCGGCCAGUGCGCGCCACGAGCUGGCCAACCUGCAGACGGGCAUGCAGGCGACGCGACAGCGCGCGGCCGCCGAGUUGAAAGAGGUGAGGAGGGCAGGUCGUGCAGCCAUUUUUGUCCGUACAAGGGUGCAAGCCGGACGAAUGUCGCCGGGUUUACGUACCACUCAGAUGUCGUGUAACUACAGCACUACUCCGCCGACGGACUCCACUUUAUCGUUGCUAAUGCCCGUCCAGAUUGUCGAACCCCAGUCUUGGAAGAUGGCGCGGCUUUUCAGUCUUCCUAAGCGGGGCUUCCUCGAUGCUCUGGCUGGUCACCAAUGCUUGACCGGAUUGCGCUAUCGCGUCAUUGGAGCUUCAUCCGUCGGACAUCCUAAUCAAGCGUUUUCAUCCAACGUUGUCAACGCCAUGUUGAUCGAGACUAUCGGAGGCCCGAUUGUUGGCGGGAGAAGCCUAUUUUGCCCCCAGAGUCACGUUUUUCGCGUAGGCAGGGUGGUGUGGCCUCGCGACCAAUGCGGUCACCUCGGCAACCGAACCUCCACAACUCGAUUUCCGUCAGGUAUGUAUAUGCUGGGUAUGCUAAGUCUAUUUGGGUUGAGUGUUGCGAUGGCUUUAACCGCCGACAGUAUAAAUGAAGACAUAAAAAAACGAAUUCACAUGGUCAGGGGUCAUCUUCCCCAUGCCCGUCUUGUGGGGUUCAUGGAUAAAUGA